AGCGAAAUUCCCCAACCGAGGCUCGAUACUGCGAUCGAAAUUUUCCUAACGAAGAAACUCCACCGACGCUCGUAUCUCCUCGUGGAACGGCACAAAACUUUCCUCUCCGCAGGUCGCAACUCUGCCUCAAACCCUCGACCACUUGCUUCCACUGGACAACUUCUCUCGAAAUUCUUUCUGGUGCAAGGACGUUCGACUUCUUUUCAAAUGGAAAUUGCAUUUCCAAUGUGAUCUGCGAUGAAACGUGUUCGCGGGCUGGACGAGGUAGCAUCACCAGCAGCAGCAACAUUAAAGCACUCGUCGGUGAGUGCAGGAAGUGGCGGAGGAGGUGGUUUGGAGUACCAUUCAAGCAGUGGAAUAGGCGUUGUUGUACCUGGCCAAGCAGUUCGAUCAGUUGCUUCGAAAGAAAUGCCGGGAAGCAUACAAUUUGGAACUGCCCAAGCUCAACAGCAAUAUACUGGAGCAAUUGUAGUGCCGACCGCGGCUCCGUCCCCCAUUAAGGGAAGUGGAUCUGCAGGACUUACUUCUACAUGUAGCAGUAGCAGUGUAAAUGCUGCUGGAGGUUUACAUGCUGGAAUAGGUGGUGGUAGUAACCACAAUAUGGGUUCCCAACAGCCUACACCUGGAACACAAAGUCAGGUUCAUAGCCAACAGCAGCCAACGAUAAGGCAUAAGGUUCAUUCUACCAAUGUAACACCAUUAGCUUCUACCCCACCAGGUACAAGCCUAGGUGGUGGUAGUGGAUCCCAACAAUUUCAGAGAUUAAAGGUCGAAGAUGCAUUAUCUUAUUUAGAUCAAGUAAAGUACAAAUUUAGCGAUCAGCCUCAGGUGUAUAAUGAUUUUUUGGAUAUUAUGAAAGAAUUUAAGUCUCAAAGUAUAGAUACACCAGGAGUCAUAACAAGAGUCAGCCAUUUGUUUAAAGGACAUCCUGAGCUUAUUGUUGGUUUCAAUACAUUUCUUCCACCUGGAUACAAAAUAGAAGUGCAAGCAAAUGAGCAAGGUUAUGCAUUUCAAGUGUCAGUUAGUAUGCCAAGUCCGACAGCAACACAUACUUGCACUAGCUUGUCACAACAUCAUUGCACUGUGAAUGUUGGUUCACCCCCUGUUGCAAGUCCACCAACACAACCAGCGAAAGCUCCUCCUCCAGUUUUGCAGAUAAUGCCAGGUCCUGGGAACAUACACCAUUCGUUGGCAAAUAAUAUUUCGAAUAACAGUUUGGCAGUACAUGCACCCUCACCACCACCAGUACAGGCAUACAAUAAUUCACAUGUUAGUGCAGCUCAAGCGCAGGCUGUGAGUCAAGCGUUAAGUCAAGCGCAAGAUGGUAUACCGACCAGUGGGCAAGCUCAACAGAGCCAACCAGUUGAGUUUAACCAUGCGAUUAAUUACGUUAAUAAAAUUAAGAAUCGAUUCCAAGGUCAACCGGACAAGUAUAAAAGAUUUUUAGAAAUUCUACACACUUAUCAGAAAGAACAGCGAAAUCUAAAAGAAUCUGGACAUAUGGGUAGCACAAGCGGAUCUGGUGCAUCUGGUGGUGCGAAACACCUAACGGAAGCAGAAGUUUACAGUCAGGUUGCUAAACUAUUCGAAAAUCAAGAUGAUCUGCUGGCUGAGUUUGGACAAUUUUUGCCGGAUGCCACUAAUCAACAAAGUUCGUUGAGUAACAAGACUGCUACGGUUAAUGAUCACACAACAAUUGUUAAAAAACCAUUGGGACCUAAAGCACCUUAUAAUAAUUCGGGAAAUAUUUCGAGAGAUCUCCGAGAAUCGAGCGGUACUAGUACAAUAGAGCGCGAAAGUCGCGAUCAUAGAGAUCGUGAACGGGAGCGAGAUAGAUCUGGUAUACGAGAUAUUAAUAGUUUACAAAAACUUGGUCACAAUACGGGACAAUUGAAGAGAAGUCCGUCAUUUUCCCCUUCCGUAACGGCUGGAAAUUCCCAUCAUAUACAGCAUGGACCACCUCUUAAAAAGCCUAAAGUAUCAUCUAUGCGUGAAUGUGUUACAAUAGCGGAAGCUGGAAAAUAUGGCAGUCUCAAUGAUUAUGCUUUCUUUGACAAGGUUCGUAAAGCGCUGAGGUCGCAAGAAGUAUACGAGAACUUUCUCAGAUGUUUAGUUCUAUUUAAUCAAGAAAUAGUAUCUAAAUCUGAGUUAGUGCAGUUAGUAACGCCAUUUCUUGGUCGUUUUCCUGAACUUUUGCGGUGGUUUAAAGAUUUUUUGGGCCACUUGCCUGAGUCUUCUAAUGCCAACGCAACAAAUGCAAGUAGCAAUUUAAAUGUUGAGGCGCUACCAAAUAAUGUGGUACGAAGUCAUCAAGAAAGACCGCAAGGUGAUCUGGCAAUGGAGAUUGACUAUACAGCGUGCAAACGUCUAGGGGCAUCAUACUGUGCGUUACCAAAGUCUUACGUUCAACCAAAGUGUACAGGAAGAACGCAGUUGUGUAAGGAAGUUCUCAAUGACACGUGGGUUUCAUUUCCAACUUGGUCAGAAGAUAGUACAUUCGUAACAUCCAGGAAAACUCAGUACGAGGAAUUUAUUUACCGCUGUGAGGAUGAACGAUUUGAGCUGGAUGGCGUAAUAGAAACUAAUGCGUCAACGAUCCGAGUUCUCGAAGGUGUCCAUAAGAAAAUGAGUAGAAUGAGUCAAGAAGAACUUCAAAAAUUCAAACUCGACGAUUGUCUUGGUGGCUGUUCCCCUACAAUUCAUCAGAGAGCUUUGAAAAGGAUAUACGGUGAUAAGGCGGCCGACAUUAUUGAUGGCCUUAAGAAAAAUCCUGUGGUAGCUGUACCGGUAGUUCUUCGUCGACUAAAGAGUAAGGAAGAAGAAUGGCGGGAGGCGCAAAAAGGUUUCAAUAAAAUCUGGAGAGAACAGAACGAAAAGUAUUACUUAAAGUCUCUGGAUCAUCAAGGUAUUAAUUUCAAGCAAAAUGAUGUGAAGGCUCUAAGGUCAAAGAGCCUAUUUAACGAAAUUGAAACAUUAUAUGAUGAGAGACAUGAGCAAGUAGACGAUGGCAGCGGAGAUGGCCAAAACAAUACCGGUCCACAUCUUGUAUUACCUUACAAAGAUAAAUCUGUCCUAGACGAUGCAGCUAAUCUUCUUAUCCAUCAUGUAAAACGUCAAACGGCCAUCCAUAAGGAAGACAAGCAACGAAUAAAACUUUUGUUGAAGCAUUUUAUACCUGAUCUUUUCUUCCAUCCACGCCAAGAACUAAGUGAUGACGAAAGAGAUGAAGAUGAUGAAAAGGAGGACCUCAAUGUAGCAGCGUGUAGUAAUUCUCAGUCAGUAACGAUGAAUACCUCAUCAUUGGGUGGUGGCCUCCAAGCGAAUAGGAACAAGGCACCGGUAUCUCCGAUUCCGUCUUCCACGUCGAUUAAAAUUGAACCUGAUAUCAAAGUACCAAUUCAUGCCAUGUCGAACGAUCCUGAAGAAGCGUAUACGCUCUUCAUGGGCAGCAACAAUUGGUACCUUUUUUUAAGGUUACAUCAUAUUUUAUGUGAAAGAUUAACAAAAAUGUACGAUCGGGCGGUAGCCCUUGCCGAAGAAGAAUCACGGUACAAACAACAGCGUAAGGAGAGUACAGCUGUUGCGUUACGAUUAAAGCCCAAAAAUGAAAUUGAAAUUGAAGAUUACUAUCCAGCAUUUUUGGAUAUGGUUAAGAAUGUCCUAGACGGUAAUAUGGAAAGUACCGCGUACGAGGAUACCUUAAGAGAAAUGUUUGGUAUUCAUGCAUAUAUUGCUUUUACGUUAGAUAAGGUUGUAACAUACGCUGUAAGACAAUUACAGCAUUUAGUCUCAGAUCCUAUAUGCCAGCAGUGUAUGGAGUUAUUCCAACGAGAGCAACGACAACCAAAAGAAACUAGUGGUGCAGGUGGUUUAUGUGCUACGGCGUAUAUGAGACUUGGUGCAGAAAUGUCGUAUCAACGUAAAGCUGAGAAAGCUAUGGCGGAUGAAAAUUGUUUUAAAGUAUACAUUUAUAAGAAAGACUGUAAAAUGACAAUGGAAUUGUUGGAUACGGAAGGUGAUGAGGCGAUGGACAACAGUUGUAGGGAAAGAGAAAGGGAAGGAGUUACGGUAUCUGAAAAAUGGUCUACAUAUGUUGAGAGGUUUUCUGCUCCAGCUGGUCAGACUAGCCCGAAAGACACCCCUACCUUAACAGACAAUGAGCCAACAACCAAUCAUCCUGUGAGUAACGACCAGGCAGCAAGGGGGGGGAGGGGCAGAAAGCGCAAGAACACUGACAUUAGCAAGAAGAUGGAAGGAAAUGGUUGGAGUUCUUUAGGCAGAAUCUUGGCAGGACGUAAGCCUGUAUUUCUUUACCGUAAUGUUAGACAGUGGAGGAAAAGAGCUGCAAGAAUAAUGUCAGCAUCUAUGGCUAAUACCAAUCAUCCGGAGAAAGCUGCAGAGUCAACAGACAAAGAAAAAUCGUUAGACUCUGUGGAUGCACUUCUAAAACGGCCUCCUGGUUUAAGAUUAGCAGAUACUGGAGAUACAUCUGACAUUAUCAAUUCUGAUGAAACGCAAUGCAGAUUUAAUCCUAAUAGUUACCAAAUGCUCUAUAUUGCUAGUAAGGAAGCAUUCCUGUAUAAACAACAUUCUAUCAGCCGUGCCAGAGAGUGUCAUCCAAACGUGACAAAACACUUGAAUUCGAAGUUCCAUCAAUGGCUAGCAGCUUGGGCAUCCAAAAAUGUCGCGGACGUUCAACACCGAUUAUGCCAGGAUUGGUUGAUGGGACGUUAUGAAAACUUAAUUCCUCAUAAGACACGAGUUAUUACGGAUAAUGAUCAAACGAGAUCGCCUUACCGACAAUACAAUCGUUAUCGAGUCGAACGCUUGCAAUCCGAUCUUCUAACAGAACCAUGUGUAUAAUCAUACGUCUUUUAUAAUUUCUUUAUUAUUCUUUGAGAACAUAUUGAUUAUUACUGAGAGCUCGUUUCAAUAAUCUCACAUUCAUUUUUUCUGUUACAAAAAAAAAUUAAUAGUUAAGAGAAAGUUAUCACAGUUGAAGGCAAAAUUGAGACUGAUUCUUGAACUAUAUUGGGCGUACGUACAACGAGAGAAUGUCUUAUUUUGCCAACGAAGUUUAUCGCGAACAAAGAAGAUGCAGAAGUGGUAAUUAAAAAAAAGAAAGUAUCGAAGACUAUAAUGAAUCGUCUAUAUAUUGUGCACUAUACUUAUUGCAUUAAAUUUUUAACUAAAUUUGGUUCUUCAACUGUACAGGUAUGAGAAAUUUGAUGCAAAUGGAAAUAUCACUGACUUGUUAAAGUUGUUGUUUAUCUAAGGAUUUAAAGUUAGAAGUUUCUUCAACAUAAAUUACUAAAUUAAAUAUCGAAUAUUUAGAAAGAGGAACAGUUGUAACGAGCGAUAUUUCUAGUUGUAUUAAAGACAAGCUUGUGAUCAGGUAAUAUAAGAUAUUUAAACGUAAUGUUUCAUUUCCGAAAAUCGAGUACUUUCCGAUAUAAAAUUAGAUAUAGAUUUUCCAAAUAAGAUUUUACAUAGAGAAUAAAGUUACGGUAAAACUUUUGAUACUUUAUGUAAUAUCUUAAAAAGAUUUAGGAAAAAUAUUCUAUUAUAAUGUAAUUGUCGUUUGUAAGCAUAUUGCGGAUUCAGCCAAUUUUAUUUUAUUAAGUAUUUUAUUUUUAUAGACUUACACGAUUGUCAUUGAGAUAUUAAAUAUUGUUAGCAAUUAAAAGAAACUGUCAAAAUUUCGAUUCACAGUGUGUUGUAUUAUUCAAAUAUGAUGUUCUAUUUAUAACUAAAAUGUAACAAAAAAUUGAGUUAGAAGAAAACUGUGUACUUUUUUCGAAUAACAACUUUAUACAUAUGUAUGUAAAAUAUCCUUCAUUCGAAGUUUUUAAUAACUUACUUCUCUUACGAACUCUCUUUUUCUUACGAACAUCGCGAUCGAAGUUUCCGUUCUCGUAAAUUCAAUAUACGUAUAAUUGUAUGUAUAAAUACAUGCUUGUACAGAUGUAUGUGCAUGUAUGUAUGGAUGUGCGAUAAUUGAGUACAUAUGUACGUAUAUACACAUAUGAAACGAAAAAGAACUAGGCCUUAUUUUUUACCUGAUCUUUAGGCUACUUGAUAGAAAUUGUAAAAUAUUAAAAUAUGGCGGUGUUCCUGUACAGUGCAAAGCUGUUGACAACAUUAGAGUGCGGUGUUCAUUGAAAGACGUUGAAAAGUAUUGACGCACCACGCACGAGACACUAUAGCUAUAGGUAUUAUUUCACGUUAUUUUUACAUAUCUUUUUACCAAUUCUUUUACUUCUACAUCGGUAUGCAAAACAUGUUAAUAAUUUAGAAAUCAUUUUUUACUGUAGAUAUCAAUUACAGUGUCAAAUUUUCAAUGUUCAGAACUUUCACCAAAAAGGGAGGAAGAAUAAUAAUUGGACGAAGAAAUCCGUGCGUGGUGAAAUUAAAAAGCACACAAUUUUUUUGUAAGAGUGAGACUAUUUAUAAUGAUCGAAAAAAGAUAAUCGUUUUCGUUUCAAACAUUCAGAUAAAAAGUAAUGUAUCAAGUAUACGGAUGGAUAAUAAUGUAUGCAGAAAUUUUUGAUUGAAUACAUUUUUAUCCCAAUUCUACAAAUUUAGUUGAAGUCUCGGCGUCUCUGUUUUUUGUGAAUAAUUUUGAAAAUGCCAUUUUACAUAUAUUUACGAAAUCACGUAUAUAUAAACACAGACACACUGUGUUGUUCAGUUAUGCAAUAUACUGCAAUUGUAUAUUAAACUAUGUAUCUUAUCAAAGAUGAACAAAGAAAAGAGAGACGCGGUCUUCCGAUGCUCGACUAUUUGUGACUAUAAUGAAUGAUGAUAGUGUAUUUUAUCAAGAAAUUGCUAAUUUUAAAAGUGUAUGUCCAUGUAUCAAAAGUGAAUGUACAGGCAAUUUUAUUACUCGAGAUAAUAAUUUAAUGUUGAUAUAUUUUGCACAAAGCAUUAUUAAUAUUAAUAAACCAUUAAUAUUA